UUAUAAUAAAUUUUUAGUUAGCAUUGGUUUAUAACAUAUUAUAUUACUAAUUACGAAACUAAUUAAUAUGUUAUAAAAAUAUUUAAAUUUUUAAGUAAGAUUUUGUUAGAUUAUUUAUCAACAGAUUUUGUUAUAAUUAAAAAAAUAAAAUUCGAAUUUAUAAUUAAUGUAAAUAAUCAAAUGUAUUAAUUAAUUCUUUAAGUGGUCCUACUAUAACUUGUUAAUGGUAGAUAAAAAUGAACUCUAAUUUAAUAGAUUAGAUAUAUUAACUAAUUCUUUAAGUGAUCCUACUAUAACUUGUUAAUGGUAGCUAAAAAUAAAACUAUAAAUUAACAGAUUAGAUGUUAAAUAAAACUCCUAUAAAAAUACAUCGUGGACAGUAAUUAAAUAUGUCCUAAAUCACUUCAAAAUAACUAAACUAGAGUCUCUAUAAAUUAAUACUCGAUAAAUUAAUCUAUACUAUUAAAGCAGAAUCCUUCUUAGGAUUAUGCCCCUGGCUUUUUUAAAAAAUUACAAAACAUACCACUACUAUUUUUAAUAUCUUUAAUGAUCUACAAAAAUUUAAAGUCCUUUUGAUAGGUCCAAAUUGAACCAUUAUUAACCCAUUAGGCCCAUUUUGUUUAAAAUAUAUUUAGUGAAAAUCAUUAAAAAGAUUGUUUUAUUUUUUUAUAUAGGGAUUAUACAUUUAAGAGAUAAACAAAUAUAUUAACCCAUUAUGCCAAUUUGUGUAAAAUAUCUAUACUUAGAAUCAUAAAAAACCAGUUUUAUUUUUAAGCUGAGAUUUUACAUUUAAGAAAUAAACAAAUUAAUAUAUGUGAUAUAUUUAAGAAUUAAACAAACGACAGAUUUGCAGUCCUAUAUGUGUAAACACAAUUUUACUAAUAACACAUAAAUUGCAUUACAAUUUAUAAAAAUAAAACCAUAUUAGAUAAUAAACUAUUCAAACACAUACUCACACUAAUUAGAAUUACAAUUUAUAAAAAUAAAACCAUAUUAGAUAAUAAAAUAUUGAAACACAUCCUCAUCUAAUUAGAAAUAAUAUUAAAAUUGAACAAUGACAUUUUAAUACCCCUGAUUUUUCAAAUUAAUUACAAAAGGUUCCAUUACCUUUUUCAAUUAAUUUAAUUAAUUACAUAAAUUUCCAUUCUUUUUUCAAUUGUUUUCAGAAAUUAAAAGCCCAACACAUUUGUUUCUGUCCAACUAAAUAAAACAGCCAAAUAAUUUAAAUAAUUUAUCCAUCAUUUUUUAACCCCAUUUCGUGUAUGUUUACUAAGUUAGUAAUACUAACAUAUCCAUAUUCGUUUGUGUUUUAACCCCAUACCCUAAAAUUCUAUUCAAACCCCAACUCUAUUCAAGCCCUAUUAACACCAUCAAAACCCGUUGUCCAAAAAACACAAACCAAAUAUAUAGAUGUUCAUUAUAAUGCUUGUGUCUUAUAUGGAAUUCGCCUUUCAAUAAUAUAGGGUUAGCAUAUUUUGAAAUCAUUGGUUCUCAAUGUUAUUGACCUUUUAAACAACAAAUAAUAUUUAACACAUUUUAAUAUUAAUAUUUAUCAAAGUUGGUAUAUAAAUAUAAAACAUAAUAAAUAGAAACUCACAAAUUUUCGGAUUCAAAACAAAUAAAUUCCAAGAAUAUUCUCUAUAACAUCCAUUUUCGUAAUUGCUAAAUACAAUAAAUUCAAAAGAUAAUAUAUAGAAAUUAAAAGUUUUGAUUUAACUAAAUUAACUUGAUGACUACGUAUAGAAUAUAUUCUGUUUGACAUGUUAACUGAAAUUAUAUUAGUAAUAAAUAGAAACUCAUAAAUUUUCGGAUUCAAAAUAAAUUAAUUCCAAGAAUAUUCUCUAUAACAUCCAUUUUUGUAACUGAAUUUAUAUUAGUUGCCAUAUAUUAUGUUUGACAUGGUAAUUGAAUUUAUAUUAGUUACCAUAUAUUCUGUAAAUCAUAUUAACUGUAUUUAGUGAUUAGUUUCAUAAAAUAAAAACUGACUAUAAAAAAAUAUAAAAUCUAUUAAAAUACAGAUUAAACAAAUAUUUAUUAAUUUAAAUAACAUUUUAAGAAUAAACGAUCCCGCGCUUUGAAAGCGCGGAUCAAAUUCUAGUAAUCUCUAUAAAUUAAUAAAUUUUGUCGGUUCCAACUUGGGCCGGAUCAAAAUUCGAUACAAAUCGAUAAAAUAAUAAGAUUUUUUUUAGAAAAUUCUAUGUAAAUAUAUGGUCCUAUUAAAAUUAUAAAUUAAUAAUUUAUAUGUAUAUAUAUUUUAUAUAAGUAAGAACCUAUUAUUAUAUUGUUUGUUUUAUAUUCACAAUGAAAUUAUCUUUAUAUUUUCUUAACACUUAAUAUAUGUUUUAAGAGAUUUAGUAAUAUUAUUUCUAAAACCACAUUUAAGUUCUAUGUAAUAUAUAUUACAUACACCAAAUAAUAUAAUAAAAUUAAUAUAAAUGUCAAAUUUAAAAAAAAUAACAAUUAAUGUCUAUACACUAAAAUCAAAUAUUUUUCUUAUCUUAGAAUAAAUAUAUUUUAAAAUAUGAAAUCUAAACAAAGAAAGUUUUGUAAAUUUAUAUCUCUAUAAAUUAAUAAAAUUUUGAAGUCCCAACAUUAUUAAUUUAUAGAGAUUCUAGUGUAUGUGUAUUUCAAUUUAUCAGUAUCAGAGUCAAUAAUAUAUUAUUUACGAGGUGGUGAACAUUUAUUACUCAAAUCGUUAAUCAGCUCUACGAAGAAGAACUAUGGUUUGGUCUACAUGGCUUGGGCGGUGUGAAAGUUGGUGACGAUGAAUGCAUUAUAGUUUAUUGAUAAAUUACAACUCGAUUAUUACUUGAUCAAUUAAUUAUUGAUAAAAAAAUGCUAAAUUCAUAAUUCUGAUCAUAUUUAGGCUUAACUAGAAACCUCAAUUAGAUUUUAUAGUCAUCAGAAAAAGUUAUGAUACAUAACAUUAUAUUUUUAUUAUAAAACGUUUUGAACAUUCAGUUAUAAAAUGUUUCAACAUAGUUUUAAAUAGUAUUUAAAAGCAAAAGUGGCCAAGCCGAAGACAGUCAUAUAUGCAUAGGGUUUGUUUAGAUUUUUAUAUAAACAAAAAUAAAGGAAUGGGGUUGGGUUUGUUUUCUUGUAGAUUAUUAAAUUUGUUUUUAAAAUAUCAAAUUAAAGGAAAAAAUAAAAACAGUUAUUUAUAAUUUAUAAAUGUGAGAAAACACCUUUUUAAUAUCUACCAACAAAUCAGAACUAAUAUUGAAUUAUCCAAAGGUAGAAGUCAUCAAUCAAGAUAUGAACUCUAACACUAGCUGACCUAAAUAUAACUUUUACAUAUUAUCUAAUUCGUAUACAUUUAAAUGUAUUUAUAACAGAAUAAUCAAUUAAUCAUUACAUUUAUGUGGGGGAAGAACUAGAAUAAGCAAUAGGUAAAAACAAAGAGCUUCUCUCUCUACUCCGUUCUCUCACCUUUAUCUUUUACGAAAUUAGAGAUCUGAUGAAGCCUUUGUUUAUAUCGUCGGUUUGUUUCCAGCGUUUUUCAACCGGCUUCGGCUUUUCCGACCGGUCAUCGCCUCCGAAGUCGCACCUUAUCUCUUGGUGGACUUUUGGCUUUUGUCUCUGGCGCCUAUCCCUUCUCCUCCGGUGAUAGACGGCCGGCUUUUGACUCCGCGUCAAGCUCCCAUGGUGUUUGGCGGCGGCUUAUCACCGGGAUCAUCCCGGUUAUGUUCGAUUGGCGUUUUCUGCUUAUUCUACUCUCAAUCGUCUCUCUUCUAUUAUCUUCGAUGGCUUCUUCCUCCCCUUUGUUAGGGCCGAUUCAUCUUCGAGCUUUCUUUUAUCAUUAAAGAUGACCGCUUGUCAUGCAGGAAGAUUGAAGAUUGUAGAGUUGAUUGAAGACGAUUGUAUUUUCUUCUCGAGACGUCGAUCUGGUGAUCGAUUUGGAUCUGGUUGAAGACUGCUCCGAGUGAGCAUUUCUUCUUCAUCCUGUCUCCGCCGACGGCGGGGAUCCGUCGCAUCUCCUCUUUGGUACCGGCGGAAGCAAGCUGACUCCCAGCCUGACCCGUGUCUUCUGAUCGCCGGGCGAUCGAACACGUGGUGGUGACCUGUCGGCUUCCUUCUGCAACGGUUUAUACUUUUGGGCUGACAGCCCAAAGUCUGUUUGUUUCGGUUGGGCUUUUGAGCCCCUUUGUCUUUUAAGUUGUGGGCUUGGUUCUGUUUAGGGCUUUGACCCAUUAAUAAAACUCAGUUGACAAAAAAAGAACUAGAAUAAGCAAGUACGGCAGAGAUAUGUCUGACAGAAAGAAAGAAAGAAAAAACAAAACUACAAUAAUACUCUAUCCGUUCCUAAAAGAUGUAUGUUUUGGAAAAAAAAAUUGUUUUAAAAAGAUACAUUUUUUACUUUUUCAGUGUAUGAUUUUAUGAAAAAUUGUAAGUUUCAAAAAAAUUAAUGGUGUUUAUUAAAUUUCUAUUGGCUAAAAGUUAUAAAAAUUUGUUAUUCACAAAAAACAAUGCAUAUUUAAUGAGUUUUUUUAGGCUCCGAAUGGUAACAGCGGUUUGAACGGUGCGGGACAAGCGGAUUGGAUACUGCGGUGCGGUUUAGCUGCGGUUUGUAUAAGAGAAACGCAUGCUGCGGAAUAACUGCGGUUCGUUUAAAAAAAUGGUUCAAAACAAAGUAUGAAUGGUGACAUAUACCAUAAAUAGUGCAACUGCGAGAUACAUAUGAUAUAUUUAUAUUUUACAAACUAAAAUCAGUGAUACUAGUAUAAUUAUUAAAAAUAUAAAUUUUCUUUUAAAAAUAUUUUAUAUAUCUCAAAUAUAAAAUUUAAUAUGCUAUAAAUGAGAUUUAUAGGCAUUUAUUUUAUGUUUAAAAAAUUAUAAUUGUGCUAGUUGUCUUUAAACAAAAUUAAAUUAAAAUAUCCAAAAAUAUUUUAUUAAUUUAUUAAAAGAUUAUAAAUUUAGAUACCAGUGAUGCUGGUAGAAUUUAAACAACUGUUAUUUAAUUUAUAAAAAUCUUUAUAUAUCUGAAAAACUUUACAAAUCAUAUCCACAUAUUUCUUCAUCUAAAUAUUGUAUUUCAAAUUUUAAAAUUGUAGCUAGUCAUUGGCACAUUUAUCUGAAACAAAAUCAAACCAAACCAAAAACUAGGUUUGGUUUGGGUAUGGAUUCUAUCAAUUAUACUAGUUGAUCCUAUAUUUCUAAAACUGAAAAACCGAAACCAAACCGAGAACCGAAUAAGUACUUGAAUUUAUAUAAUAUAGUUUAUAUAUAUAAAAAUAUUAACUAUAUUUAGAUUUAAAAUAAUAAAAUAUUAUUUAAACUGAACAUGUAUUUUCGUAUUGGUUCCGGUGCAGGUUUUCGAGUUCGGAUAAAAUGUCUAAGUCUAAUGUAAAUAACAGAGAAAUGUACGCAUUAGCAUUCAUAUUUUGUAAAGUUGAUAUUAGUUUUCUUUAGAAAUACAAUGAUACAUAAUACAAGAGAGUAUAGAGAAAUUUGGUUUUAUGAACAUUUUUAAUAUAGAAACAAAAAAUGAAAAAUAUUUAAACCACCUACAGUAUAGCUAACCACACCUUAUACAUACAUAUUGACCACACCCUGCGUUUUACCUUGACAAGACUAUAAAGUAAUAUUUUGUUUUGUUUAUUAUUUUACUUUGCCCAUUACCCAAGAAAACAAAAUGCAUAUGAAUGGUAACACAUAAUUGCGGACCGCUUCGUCCCGCUACGGAACGCGUUAAACAUUCAUAACCUUAAUAUAUGUGAAUUGUGAAAAGUCUAGAAUAUUCAUCUUUUAAAAACAGAGAAAGUAAUAAUAAUGAAGCAAUCGAUGAAUUAAGUGCGCGAAAUUAUGAUUAAUUAACUAAGAUCUUUAAUAUCCUAAGGUAGUUGGAAGAUUUAAGAAAUUAAUAGUAUUAUACUAUAAGAAAAGGGGUUUUGUCACAUUAUGACCUUUAUAAGACAUAUUAAGAUAGACAACAAUUAUAUUUGAUCUGCCCAAGUGGAAGUCUUAGCUGUUUCUAUUUCGGUCAGCUCUCAUUUUGUUUUCUUCUUCUUUCGUCUAACUAGUGCUUAUGGGCGGCUUAUAUUACUAAUUUACUGUGUACUAUAUACAUAUAUAAUUUUGUAUACAUACAUACUCUACAUAUAUAUAUAUAUAUAUAUAUAUUCUGAACAACUCCCUCGUACAUGCACUUACUACGAUUUGUUUUGAUAGCGACGAGUUUAAUGACAAACAAAAACAAUAACAAUAACAUAAAGCUACAAACGAUUUAAUUGUAUAAUCAUUCUAUGCCUACAUUUCCGUCAAUAUUUAAUUUAGUACCUAUAGAAAAUGUUAUUGUUAGGGCAUCUCCAAUUAAAUACUAUUUUUUCUAUAUUUUAUAUUAAAAUAGAAUAAUUUUAUAAUAGAGUUAAAUUUAUUUCAAUAGUUUACUUUAUAAUAAAGUGAAAUAUAUAUUAAUAUUGCUUUUUAUACUCCAAAUAUAAAUUGAAAAAACAACACUCUUCUAUAUUUCUUCACUCUAUUAUAGAGUGUGAUUGACAAACACUGGAGUAAAUGAAAGUAAUUAAAGUAAACUAACUUGGAAUAAAAGUUAUAGAGUAAAUAAGAUGUAUAAUGUAUAAUAAAAAUAAAAAGUUAGCGUAACUGACAUUUCCACUUCUAAAACCAAGAGAAAAAUAGUUGGUGUCUUACAAUCUGUUAAAUAGUAACCGGAAUAAAAGAAUAAACUAAUGAUUAAAUUUUUAUAAAGUAAACCAUUGGAAUAAAUCCAAUUUUAUAAUAUUAUCGUUCUAAGUGACUUACAGUUACAUUCAUAGUGUAACCCUGUUAUAAAGUAAACCAUUGGAGUAACUCCAAUUUUAUAAUAGAAUUACUCUAUUUUAGUAUAAAAUAUAAAGUAAAAAAUAGUAUUUCAUUGGAGAUGGGUCUUAAUCGCUGAAUAUAUCUGACAUUCACAUAUUUUUGUUUCUAUGGAUUAAUUCAUGUAUUAAUGAUGAAUGGACAUUAUAAUCUUCAAAUCGCUUCUUAUGUGGAACUUAAAAGUUAGCCGUAAUGAAUUACAAAUAUUUUAAUCUACAUUGAUUUAGUGUCAAUAAGCUUUGUAUACCGUUCUAAUGAAAUAAAAAUCGUAGAAGUUUAAUACUCUUACCCAAAUUUUUCAGGCCAAGAUCGUAUUAGCUCAAUGUUGUAAGAAAGUGAUCAUAAACAUGUAUUUACUGAUUUGAAAUCAUUUUUUCACAUUUCUGGGAAAAGGUAGUUAAUUAGUUGAAUAAAGUCACUUAAAUUUUAUAUAUGUAUCUAAUGAUUUUUGGUUUUAUAUAUAACUCCUAGUUAGAAAAGAAGUCGUAUGGCUGUUUUGUAUGUGCAUAUAAAUGGCUAUUUAUAGAAUAAUAUAUAUAUGUAUAUAGCGAAAUCAUGGUGAGAGGAGAAACUAAAAUUCGUGAAAGCAAAGAUGUGAGUUUUUCUUUGAUCUAAUGAUUAACGGAAGCAUAUAUAUAUAUAUAACCUUUGACGACGACAAUAUGAAUGGUGGUGCGACUUUGCUUCUUCGUGUCAAUCAAAUAUUUACCUCUAAGUUAUGAAAUUUUACUAAUCUUAUUUAAAUUUGACAAAAAAAUAUUUGGUUAACUAUAAUAAGACCUUUUGAUCUAUAGGCUCAUAAAUAUAUUUAAAAUGCAGUUAACUCUAUGUAUAUGUAAAAAUAGUUACAGAUAUAUGAGGACAAGUCACUUCACAUGACAUGCGUAUCUAACCUUCACUUGGAAUAAUUUAUUACAGUUUCGUCAGAACCGUGCGAAGGAUUUUGAUGCCGUAAGCAAAAUAAAAAUAGUAUAUAAUUUUAACAUAUGAUCUUAUGGAUAUGACAACUAAUAUAUAAUAAGUAAUCAUUUAAAAAAAAGUUUUGGUAGAAGAUACAAAAAUAUUUAUUAUCAUUUUAUGUUUAUUUAACAAAUAUAAAACUGAAACAUGCAAAUCAGUCUUUUAAUUACAUAUUUUCUGUUAAGUUUGUAAAAUGAGCAAGCAAAAUUAUAUAAAGAAGAAGAAAAAAAUUAAAGAAAUUAAUAUGGUAAAAAGUGAUUAUAGAAACAUGAUCUAAGUUGUAUUAUAGAAUCAGUGAAAAGAACAUUGCUAGUGAUUUGUUAAUCUAUGUAGUUUAGUUAAGAACCAAUCAAGAAAGUUUGUUUAUGUAUGUAUAAAAUAAAAUAUAUAAAUAUAUGCCUUAUGAUUUUUUUGUAAAAAUUAUUGAACAGAAGCGAGUGCUUCAAAUUUGCUUCAGUAGGCACGGCACUGAGUAUCGUCGACGUCGAACUGAUUUGCACCAUGCACCAUAUUUUAAGUUCGGUAACAUCCAAGAGCACUAUAUGAAUUUGAUUUCUAAUUUCUAUAAUAUCUAUAUAUACAUUUGAAGCACAACUAGAAAUACUCCUGCCAAAUAUGUAUCUACAACUAAAGUAGAAAUUAAAGUCAAAAGAAUAAAAUACUAAAGCGAAACACAGAACGUGUAAACGAUUAAAUCACUCAGAGGUUGACUUCAAAAGAAGAAUUUUGAGAUUAACGUCAAACCGAGGCGACAAGAAUGGUUGAGACUUGAGAGCAUAAGUGUGUGUGUACACAAAUUUUACAAACCAAAAAAUGAUGACGGUCGAGAUCUGAUUAAUUUAUAUUGUUUCCUCAUGGAGUAAUGAUGAUGAUCGUUUUGGACUGUAUAUAACCAUUUACUUUUAUCUUACUACUUAUUACUUUAUAUCUUUAUGAAAUUUCAUCGACUGUGUUCUAAUAUGAAAACAUGUGAUGAACUGUAUAUUUAUUAUCUAAUAACGUUAGUUUAUAUUUAAAUUACAAAAUCAUGGGCGAUUAGGUAUGGAAACACAAACUCACAUAAUGAUGUGUAUAUAUAUAUAUUUAACGUGCAAGAUUUUAUGCUGGUGUAUCAUAUAUAUAUAUAUACAUAUAUAUGCAUGAUUUAGAAAUAAGAUUUUUUUUGAAAGAUUAAUUUUAAAGAGAGAAAUAUCUUCUCCAAUUACUGCAUAAUAUUUGUAUAUGUUACACGUUAUACUCUUUAUCAUCAUUAUGUAUAGCCUUUCUUAUGGUAACUGAAUUUUUGAAAACCUGAUUUCAUUCUUUUACUAAGGAAAUGGUUAAACUCAUGUUUAUUAAAAAAACAGACAUAAUUUUUGGGUGGAAAGUACAUCUUAAAGAUGAAUUUUCUCCCAGGUAUUUAAAUGGACCGUAAGAAAUUUCACAUGAAAAUCUAUCCAUGAUGUAAUUCAACAUAGCAACUCUUACUCUAGUAAAAACAACUAGACCACGGCGAUACUGAUUUCAUUUCGGUCCUAAAAGAGUGGAAGCUAGACUAAUAAAAGUGAACUGUUCUUUCUUUUUAAAAAAGGAUAAAAUGAAAUAGAAGUAGUCGAUGAUCGGAUGAUGGAAGGCCAUGAGGGAGGCCGUGUGGGUUGUCUCCGCGAUAUUCUCUUUCUCUCAGCUUUUUCUUUGCUUUCUCAAAUGCUCUGUGUACAAUUUUCAUAUGUUAAAAUAUUAUUUCUCUGUAUAUUUAGUCUUUUUAUUACACCGCAUGCUUACGACAUUCUGACGUUUUCCUCUACCUCAUUCUAGCUCCCUACGUGUAAUGUAAAAAUUCAGACCAAUUUUAAUUGUUUGUAUUUCUGAAUAUAUAAAACUUAAAUACGUUAUACCAACGGAUAUUGCUACGAGUAUAGUUGGACUGCCAAAAAGGAACUAAUUAGCAUUUCGUAUGACACAAGCUGGUAUAUGUAACUAUAUAUAACUUAUGGAGUGAUGAUCGAUAUCAGCACAAUUUAACAAGUUUAGUUUAUAUUCCAUUGCGACCCGUCUCUUUUUCUCCAUAAGCAGUAAUACUAGUUUCUGUAGUGCCGUUGUCAAUGUAUAGCGAACAAAGUUGUAUACAAUGCAAUGGGUGUUAAUAUAAUUCUCAGAAAAUAGUAGUAUGUAUACAUCAAGAUGAGUUGAUCUAUAAUAAAUAGUAUAGCUAAGCAGUAAAUUUCUAAUGGUCAUAUGACUCAUGACUUCAAGUUUCAUGGCUUGGUGCUGUAAAUUUAAUUAUCAUAUUUCCACUAGACUUUUUUUUUCCAAUAUAAAUAAAUAUAUCAUAGUAUUUUAUUCAUGGUAGUAUUUUUGUAAAACUUGUUUUCUAAAUAUCUACCUAUCUUUUUGAGUUAUGCCCUAACCAAAUACUAUAAUGUUUAACACUAAAAAUUCGAUUAUACGUAAAACAUGAAAGAUAAAAAGAAAGAGUUUGGAAAGGUCUUUCAUCAAAGAAAAUUAUAUAUGUGAAAAUGUUUUGUCUCAAUAAUCUUAGACGGUAAAAUCAAGUGGAAAUCAAAACCAAAACAAUGCUAAAAAGCCGUCGAAUGAAGUAGGAUUAAAUGGAAUACAACUGUGGAUCUCUUUUUUAUUCUUCUAAAAGCAUUUCCAAUGUAAAAUUUCAUUUUCUUUCUCCAAAAUAGAGUAAGAAAAUGGAAUAAAAUUGCUUUAACCCAACUCCAUAUUCCACUCCAUAAUGAAUAAAUAAAAAAUAGAUUACUCUAUUUAUGAAAUAAACUCUAUUAUGGAGUAAGAUAUAGAGUUGGAUUGGAGCAUUUCUUACUCAAUUCUCUAUUUCAUUCCAUUUUAGAAUAAAAAAUGGAGAAGAGUUGGAGAUACCCUAAGGCUAUAAUGUUGUAAUAAGUAAUAACUAGUACUUCAAUCUUAGUAACUCUAGUAAUUUUAAUAUAGUUAUCUUAGAAAAACUAAACUUUUAUUGAAUGCCAUGAGUCAAAAGAAGAAGAAGCUAUUUUAACACUUUUAAAAUAAGGUAAAUAAAUAAUCGGCGUUUGCUUAAGUUUUAUACUCUUAUGUGUUUGUUUUACAUAAACCCUAAAAUAUUUAACCAAGAUUAUUAGCAUAGCAGAAUCAUAAAAAAAAACUAUCAGCAGCUAGCCUCUAUUUAUUAUGGUGCAAAGAUUUUAUUUUGAACAGUAUCCUAAAUGAAAAACAAAAAGAUUAAGAUAAAAGUUUAGACUUCUCUUAUAUUACCUAUGAAUUUAUGUAUAUAUUAUGGUUUUUGGAUAGUUUUAUAGUUGACUAAAGACAUGUAUAUAUAUAGGUAGAGAGAGACUCGGAUCUUUCUUUACUUUUUUAUCAAUUUUAAUUAUCCAUCAAACUAAAAGAAGUAUUGCAAAUUAUUUCUUAAUUUUGAUGUAAUUGGAAAUAUUCCUUGUACAUGAAUAUGAUUUUUUAACGCUGAUUUAUUAUGAUAUUACAAUUAUGAUAUGAGAAAGAUUAUAUAGACGACUCAACAACCGACAAUACUACAUGCCUUAUGAGGAUCUACGCCUAACUGCAUCACAUGAGCCGUCCUAUGAAGAUCCACGUCUGACCAGAUUUACUUGCACCAUGUUGAAGAUCCCUUAUAAGCUUUUUCGUAGUCUGCAUAAUUGUUUUUAAUAAAUCGUUUUUUCCGGGACUUGAAACCUGAAUUUCCUGUAAUGUACAAGAAAUUGCGUAGUAUAAGAUUCGAACCCCAAAACUAGGUGUAGAAGUGUUUAAACCUUAACCACUAGACUACGGUGUUUCCACUACAUGAAUAUGAUUUGCUGUGAAUAAUUGUUUGUUCUUGUAUUGGAAAUAUUUAUUCAAAUACUUUAAUGGACAAAAUAUGGACAUGCCCUAAAUAAAUUUUAGUGUAAACAAAACAAUGGAAUCUAAUUUAAUUUUCAAAAAAUAAUGUGUUUACAAAAGAAAAAGUUAAUUUUCUUACCGAAUGUAAUUUUUUAGAUAGAACAGGAUCAUGCAAAUAGCAAACAUACUAGUAAUAUUUAGCGGCUGUAAAAGAAUGUGAUAUAUUUCGACACUGUUCCACUAUAAUCCAAAAACGGAUGCCUAAAACCACAGCAGAAUUCAAUAUUCGUGUGACUUUCAAUUUUCUGUCGGACUCGUUGAGAAUUGGAAACGUAAGAAUUUGCGUAGAGAGACCAAAGUAAUUAGGCCAAUGAAAAUGAUUAGAGAGGUGGCCAGUGAAAAAACUAAAGAUCUUAUAAAUCAGAUUUAAAUAUUAAUACAAUUUUGUUAAUUAGUAAACGUAUAAGAAAAUGAUGAAGUGUCAUAUUCGGGCUCUGACUCUGAGAAUGAACAAGUAGGGUCCAGAUGUUACAGCACGCGCGCACGCCACGUGGAGCCCACUAGUUGACUUAACAUGACUGGAAAAAGAAAGAGAAGAUAACGGUGAAGGUCAUAGCCAAAGAGGCAAAUACUGAUAAAAAAUCAUCGCAGUGGACCAGUGGUCUGUGACUCUGAUCGUGACGGUGACUGUGACACGUUCCUCUGGUCUAGUCAAUCCGUUUCAAACCUCUUUCUUCCUUUUCAAUUUAUUUUAUAUAUUUAUUAAGAAAGUCAAUUUGUAACUACAUGAACAGUGUGAUCGGUGAAGAAAGGCUGAACUGAGAACAAAUGAGAGGAACAACUAUUAAACCUUGAAUGACUUUAACCCUCCAUAAACAAAUUCGUCUUUUCUGAACGGGAAUCCCGUUAAAUUGAAACGCAAUAUUUUGUUUAAUCACUGGAAAAUGACAAGAGAUGCUUAAAACCCCAUUUAUCAAUGGGCAGAGACAAUCACAAUUCAAUCCAAAAAAAAAGAGGGUUUUUCUUCCUUUUCAAAAACCAUGACGGUGAUAUAAAUCAUAAACUCAGUUGUUUCUAAUCCUAAUGCUUUAUCUCUUGUUUAUUUAUUUAUCAAAACGAUGAAUUUUGGAAUGUUAAGUAACCUAGGUUAUCCACAUUUCCACACUUAUCCAUCUCUCCACACUCCAAAUUUUACCAAGAAUUUAUCAGGAAAAUGAAUUAUAGAUAAGAUUUUACUGUGCAGUGAACAUGAAAGAAGUGAACAUACCUAGUUGUUGAAAGAAAGAAGAACCCUAAUUUUGAGUGUGAAAUGAAUAUAGAUAAAAUGAGAGAUCUUUUUGACUUAUUUCACCUUCGAUAGUUCUUGAAAGAAAGAAGAAGCCUAAUUUUCAUGACUGUCUCUCUGCCCAUUGAAAAAAUAGGGUUUAAGCAUCUUGUAUUGUUUUAUGUGAUUAAAUGAAACAUUACGUUUCAAUUUAACGGGUCCCCGUUCAGAAAAAAUGAUUUUUUUAUAAAAGGUUAAAAGUAUUGCAGGUUUAAUAGUUGAGGGUUUAAAAACAUAAAAUUUUAGUUUGAAGUUUUUCAUCCGAUUUAGAAAACAAUUCGAGGUUUAAAUCUAGUAAAAUAUAUGUUGAUUGUAAGCAUCUCGUGUCGUUUCUGUAAUUGCAUAAAAUUUCGCGUUUCAAUUUAACCGAUCUCCGUUCAUAAUAGACAAUUUUGUUAAUGGAGGGUUAGAAAUAGUUUAAUAAUUAAUGGUUUAAAAACAUAAAAUUUUAGUUGAAGAUUUUUCAUCCGAUUUAAAAAUAGUUGGAGGUUUAAAUCACUAAAUACCAAUAUCCUAAAACCUCUCUCAUAUGUAGCGUAACUUUAUUAUUUUAAAUUGUUUUUUUCUACUUGAUUGGUGUCAAAUGAGCGUAACCGAGAGUUAAUUUUAGUUACUCUAUUUUUCUUGCGCUAAAUAUGUUAUACAGUCAAGUCCCUAUAAUUCAUCACAUGUUAAAAUUUAUUACUUUUUAUAUAAUUCUUUUCGGCUAUUCUAUCGACUCCAAAGUAAAACACUAGUUAUCUAAUUUGAAUUGGAAAUGUUUACAGAUUAAUAUCAUCUAUUAUUAAGGUAUCAUGUAAACUGCAUGAACCGAAAUCCAAAAUCUAUUAAUCAAACAUCAACUUUGUUCUUAACAUCGUGAAUCAAAGAAAAAAAAAAACUAACGCCGAGUCCUAAAUUAACCCUUAUCACUAAAAUAUUACUAUUUAGUUAUCUUUAUUACUUGUUAUAUCCUUGUACCGAAGUUGAUAGUGUUAAAUAAAAGAAUUGGUAUUUGGUGAACGUAAUAUAUAUAGAAGUGAGUGUCUAUUACAAAUCUUUAUGAUGCUUAUGGAAAUACAAGUUUAUUACAAAUCUUUUUUAUCUAUGUUUUGUAAUUAAAAAAUUAAAAAACGUAAUUACAUUAAUUCAAAAAUUUUAAAACAUAAUUACAUUAAAAAGCGUCUACUACAAAUCGUUGGUCAAAAGAAAAAAUCUCCAAGGGGGUGAAUUGAAUCUAAAAUUUAAAGUGAUUUGAUUUUUAAUGAGAUUUUAGAUGAUUUCAAUGAAUUUCAGAUAUAAAAUUAAAUAAUUUUUGUUAAAUCACUCUAAAAUAUCACCUAAAAGUUCUGUUCGGGAACGCGCUAGGCACUAGUCGGGCAGUCAGGUAAAAAGAAAAUCGGAGAUUAAUCGAAAAUUAUUGGGACAAAAUUUUUAGAUUGUUUACUAUGUUAUCAAACAUGUUAAUCUUUAAUUAUGUAUAAUAUUAAUACAUUUUCAAGUUUAAGACUGUAUAAAACACACAAAUAUAAUAUAUAAACUUAAUAUAGUAUAAUUUUCAUCAAAAUUAUGAAUAUAAAUGAUAUUUAUAAAAUUUUAGACCAAAAAAUAAAUAAAAAUAUUAUUAAAAAUAAAAUUAAAAAAAUAAAAUAAUAAAAAUAGAUUAGGCGGCCGCCUAGGCGGUCUAGGCGGAAAAAAUCGGAUAUCCGAUUUUUUAAACCGAUAUGGCAUAAAUCGGGGUGGAAGAGUGACGCGUAGCGCCCAGGCGGCCGAUUUUUUGAACAAGGCCUAAAACCAUGGGAUUUGGGUUUUUUUUUUAACUAAGAAACUCCACCAAAACAUUCUAAAGUCACUUAAAAACUUUAAAUGGCGGGGGUGUAUUCAAUAUAAAAUUUAAGGUGAUUUGAUUUUUAGUAAAAUUUUAGAUGAUUUUAAUGAAUUACAGAGAUUAAAGUGAUUUUUGUUAACGCAUUCUAGAAUAAUAUCACUUAAAACCAUGGAAUUUGAGUUUUAUUUUUUUUGUAAACUAAGAAACUUCACCCAAAUACUCUAUAAUCAUUUGAAAACUUUAAAACUCUACAAGUUAAAAUAUUUUUUAAUAAAAGUGGAUUUUAAAGUACUAUAUGAAAUGUCAAGUUCAAUAAGAGUAUAUUUUAAAUGAGUUUUUAAAAUUUUUGUUUGAAUAGCAAUGAAUUUGUAAUUUUGAUACAAAUCACCUAAAACUCUUAGUUUAGUACGCCUCUUAAAACUCGACAACUUUAAAAUAUUUUCAGUAACAAUAGAUUUUAGAAUACUUUAUAAAAUGUCAAUUUCUGUAACACUGGAUUUUAAAUGAGGUUUUAAAAUUUAUGUUCGAAUAACAGUAGAAUUGUCAUUUUGAUACAAAUCACCUAAAACUCUCUAUUGAAUACACUCCCCCUAGCUAGUGUUUCAAGUAAUUACGUUAAUUCAAACAUGAAUUAAUCUGAUCAUGAUAGAAAAUAGAAACGAAUGAUGCUGUAAGAAGACAAAACCUAGUAAAUAUAUAAAGAGUCGAAGGUCAGUAUGAAAAUAUAAAUAUAUAACUUUACCAAAAAAAUGACAAAUGAAGAAAACUAGAAAUGUAUAGGAGAAAUGAAAUACUGGUAUUCUUUGACAAAAAAAAGAAGAAGAAGUAGUAGUUGGGCAUGACGUCUGCAGAAGAGUCAGCGAGAGCCACCUGAAAAUAUGUCAACCUAACAUUAAUCAGAUGUCUUGGUAAAUAGUUAACGAAAACCCUACCACAAACUUAACAAAAAAAAACUAAAAAUAUAAAUUGAUAAAAUUUAUAAGUAUCUCUCUCGUGUGGCUCCUCAUCAUUUCAUGUGAAGCACAAUCUGAGAAGACACAGCAAAUUAAGAUCCAUCAUCCAUCUCACCAACAACAUAUAUAUAGUAUACACACAUAGUGAUAACAAAAAAUACCAUGGGAGAUCAUCAUGAUUUCAUCAACUCAGGAAGCUGGUGGAAAGUAUCUUCUUCUUCCUCAAUAUCUUCUUCCUCUUCCAUGAGAGCAAACUCAAUUGAAUCUGGUGGUUCUGCUGCUUUCCAUGAUAAGCUUCAUCAUUCAUUAGCUACUGAUCAUCAUCUGCAGAUGAUUGGUUUAGGGCUCUCUUCACAAUCACAUGUAGAUCAAUGGAACCAAUCUCUCUUAGGAGAUAGUAAAGCGGAGACAGGCUUUGGAGUGAUGCUUCAAGAGAAUCUCAAUUUAGAUGCGACCUCAAACGCAAACGCUAACACAACGUCUUACCAGUUGCAAGAAUCUGAUCCCUCUCACCACCAUGCUUUGUGGCGAGACCCACACAUCAAUAACAGCGAUUUCAAACCGCAGCUAAACAUGACGAGUAGCAACAACCGCGGGUUCUUCUUGGAUCAUCAGUUCAGCCCUCACGGGAGCUCAAGCACCGACAGUAGUACAGUGACAUGUCAAGGUUUCUCUUCUGACAAUCCGUCAAACACUUUGUACGGACCAACGGCAACAACUCCUAACUCCUCUUCAGCUAUGUUUCAUCAUCAUCAAGCAGCUGGCUUCAACAUGCCUGGCUCAUCCGAUCAGCAGCCGUCUAGGACUCAUCAGGCAUCAAAUCUUGGUUACUCUCAGUUCGGUUCAUCCACCGGAAACUACGACCAGACGGCGUUGAGAUUCUCUAACAACGCAACGUUUUGGAACCCUACUGCGACGGCGGGAAACGUGGGUCCUACUCAUCAUGACGCGUCGUCGAACUAUUUUCCGGCGUUACAGCCGCCGCAGAUUCACGCGCCGAGUUUUGACGAACAACCUAAGGGUAUGUCGGAGAUUAAAGAUUUGAGUAGCAGUGAAGUAAAAAGAGCCGGAGGAGAUCAGCCGGCGGCGAAAAGGGCUAAGAGCGAAGCAGCGUCUCCGUCACCACCUUUCAAGGUGAAGAAGGAGAAAAUGAGUGACAGAAUCGCUGCUCUCCAACAAUUGGUUUCACCUUUCGGAAAGACUGAUCAAGCCUCAGUGCUCUCUGAAGCCAUUGAAUACAUUAAGUUCUUACACCAACAAGUUUCAGCUCUGAGUAACCCAUACAUGAAUAGUGGAGCUUCUUUACAGCAUCAACAGAGUGAUCAUCCGAAAGAGCUAGAAGUAUCCAAAGAACCAGAUCUUAGAAGUCAAGGUUUAUGUUUAGUACCAGUUUCGAGCACAUUUCCAGUGACACACGAUACUACAGUAGAUUUCUGGACUCCUACCUUUGGUGGGACUUUUAGAUAGAUCGAUAUAUAGAUGAAAAGGUUGCAUUAGAUCUUGGUCGACAUAUUUUAACCUAUAUACAUGAAAAUUUGUUGAUAAGAAAAUCACCGCAUUUUAAACGAAGAAGCAAAAUAAGUCAAUGGACAAGUGAAACGUGUUUGUCCAGUUAUUUAUAUUUUGAUUUACAACUAAUCUUCAAAUUAAUGUGUAACUGAAGAAUUAUAUAGAGGAUAUAUAUAAGAGUUACUGAAAUUUGAGAGGUAUGUUUUUUUUUCUUUUCACACGAUAACGUCUCUAAACACAUUUCGAAACACAUCUAGAGGAGUCUUCUUUUAUUGCUGUUAUACGAAAAUAUAAAUGAUAGAUAUUAAGUUUCUCGUUAUAGCAGAAUGUAUGGAUCUAUAUAGCUCAAGUAGACUUCAUUGCUUCAGAGAAGGAGAAAGAGCCAUUUAAUUAUGGCGGAAAGGAGCUUUUGUUUCUUCCUUUUUUAGUAUUUUAUUUAUUGGAAAGGAAUAUUAGAUUCCAUGAUUAAAAGAGAAUAAUUGCUGAUAUGCAUAUUUUGAUUGGUCAAGGGAGAAAAUAAAUCUUUAAGUAAGAUAUUUAUAACUUUAGAAUAAUGUUAGUGGAAGUAAGAUGAUGGGCCAACGCCGGUUUUCAUUUCUA